AUGUCGAACAAACAGGGCAAGAUGAUCAACUACCGGAUGAGAGUUACGUUGAACGACGGUCGCCAGAUGACGGGGCAGAUGCUUGCUUUUGACAAGCACAUGAACCUUGUACUCGCCGAUACCGAAGAGUUCCGACGCGUCAAAAUCAGACAGAACAAGCCCGCUGCCCCUGGAGCUAGCUCCGCCUCGGGCCAAACGAUCGAGAAGGAGGAGAAGCGAACUCUGGGCUUGACGAUCGUUCGUGGCGCGCAUAUCGUCUCUCUGUCAGUCGAGUCAGAGCCCCCUGCCGACCCAAGCGCGAGACUUGGAAAGAGUGCGCCGGGUGGAAUCUCGUCGACUCUCACCGCCGGUCCUGGUGUUGCGCGACCCGCUGGUCGUGGUGCUGCUCCGGCUCCCCCGUCUCUGGCAGGUCCUGCUGCCGGCGUUGGAGGCGGCGCUCCUCCCGGAUUCCCUGGCUUCCCUGGUGCUCCGCCUUUCGGCGGACGUGGAGGUUUCAACCCUGGCCCUCCUGGUGGAGCCCCUGGCUUCAACCCUCCUCCCCGCAGAUAG